UUGGCUGAGAAUGAUGGAUCUACUGAAGCUGCCAAGAGAUAGAAGAAGGAAUACGGAGCUACUAACCACGACCGAAAAGAAAAGAGCUGAACGAAUACUAAUUCGCAGAGUCCAAAUGGAAUCGUUUCCUGAGGAAUGGAAGGCUUUGUCCAAGGGAUCCGCACUUCCACUUAAAUCUCCGCUGAGAUGGUUUCACCCAUUUAUUUCCAAAGAAGAUGGUCUUUUGCGUAUUGGAGGAAGGCUAAACUAUUCUGAGGAGUCUGAAGAAAGGAAACACCCUCCAAUUCUUCCUGGUCGGCACAUUUUCACUAGGAAACUUCUUCAAUCUUACCAUGAAAAAUUGUUGCACGCAGGCCCUCAACUGUUGCUAGCAUCCGUGAGGCUCAAAUACUGGCCAUUGGGAGGAAGGAACCUUGCUCGGCAGCUGGUCCAUAACUGCUUAAGAUGCUAUCGGUCUAAACCUUCCACGGUCAAACAAUUUAUGGGUGACUUGCCAGCUACGAGAGUUACUGUUUCGAGACCCUUUUCCCGCACUGGAGUAGACUACUUUGGUCCGGUAUAUGUGAGACCUGGUCCAAGACGAGCAGCUAUGAAAGCAUAUGUAGCACUCUUUGUUUGCUUCUGUAGGAAGGCCAUACACAUGGAAUUAGUUACGGAUUUAUCCACUGAGAGUUUCCUUCAGGCUUUGAGAAGGUUUAUCUCGCGUCGAGGAAAACCAAGCCACAUUUUCUCCGACAACGGAACAAAUUUUGUGGGAGCAAAGAACCAUCUGACUGAGUUGAGCAACUUCCUACGGAAUCGUGAAACCCGAGAAGCCAUUACAAAGGGAUGUACUGCAGAGGACAUACAGUGGCAUUUCAGUCCCCCUAGUGGACCCCACUUUGGUGGCCUCUGGGAAGCAGGGGUACGAUCUGCCAAAAAGCAUUUAUUGAAGGUGCUUGGGGAGAAUGUUCUUACCUUCGAGGACAUGAACACACUGAUUGUUCAAAUAGAGGGUUGUUUGAAUUCGCGGCCUUUGACCCAAUUGACCGAGGACCCCGAAGAUUUGGUUCCGCUGACACCAGCCCAUUUUUUUAUUGGAUCAUCCAUUCAAGAUCUACCCGAUCAGGACUUUACAACCAUCCCCGUAAAUCGUCUAAGGCAAUGGCAUGUAGUUCAACAAAAAUUGCAACAUUUUUGGAGAAGAUGGAAGAGGGAUUAUUUAUCGCAAAUGCAAGGUAGGAUGAAACGAUGGAAACCGCCAGUGGAAGUUGAGAUAGGAAAGCUUGUUGUAAUUCACGAUGAUAACCAACCCCCUUUGCGAUGGAAGAUGGCUAGGAUUCAUCAACUUCACCCCGGUGAUGAUGGUGUUGUCAGGGUGGUCACUCUGAAGACCGGCAAUGGAUUUUCGAAACGUCCUGUAGAGAAGAUUUGUUUGUUACCACUUCCAAUUCAAGAUGAAAAGAAAUCACCGAUUUCAGGGUGGGCCAGCAUGUUUAUGAUGGACCCUUCCUAAUAACGCCCCUGGCCCCUGAACUGCAGCUAACGAAACCGAUAGAGAGACGCUGAGAUCUGCGAGAAGAGAGAUCGGAACGAUGCCAUCAGGAUCUCCGUCGUUGGGUGUCGGAGUUAGAGGUUUCGAUCGUGUGGUGGGGUUCAGUGGAAUCGAAUAAGAUUUAAGUUAGUUAUCCGUAGAUACUCUG